GAGGGGCCGCGCGGAACGGCCGAGCCGGGUGGCAGAGGCAGCAACUGGGACUGGCCCUCGACGCUGAGCCGCGGUGGACCCCUGGCACCGCUGCCAGGGCCUGUGAGCGCGCGGGCGCACCGGGGAAGCCGGGCAGCAGCCCGCCACUUCGGGGCGCCGUCCGGAGGUUGUGUGGCACCUGUGCGGGCGCCUUUGGGGAGGGGGCUCCUCCUGUGGCGGCCACCGCGCACCUCCAGGGGCGCCUCCGAGCCCAGCGCCGCGUCCGUUGAGCCCCGGCCGCCCUGGAUGGCUGAGCUGCCCCGUCGCCCACCGCCCGGGCGCCGCAGAGGCUGAGCUCGCCGGGCCGCCGCCCCCGCUGCCCCCUGCAUGCUCGGCGCCCGGGUUGCGGCCCACCUGGACGCGCUGGGCCCCCUGGCCCCCUACGUGCCGCCGCCGCUGCUGCCCUCUAUGUUCUACGUGGGCCUGUUCUUCGUCAACGUGCUUAUUCUGUACUACGCGUUCCUCAUGGAGUACAUCGUCCUCAACGUGGGCCUCGUCUUCCUGCCCGAGGACAUGGACCAGGCGCUCGUGGACCUUGGCGUGCUCUCGGACCCCGGCUCGGGCCUCUACGACGCCGACUCAGAGCUGGACGUCUUCGAUGGGUACUUGGACUAGGGUCAGAGCUGUUGUGCCCCCUGCUCACCACGACCUGCCGUCCUCGUCCCGGACCAGCCACCCACAUCAUGCCGCCACUGCUGUUUGGGGCCGCCGACUGGCCUGGGAUGGGACCUCCCUUGGCGAGGCCCUCACGGGCCUCUGAGGCCUGCCUGCCCCCCUUUGAAAGCUUCGUGCCAACACAGAGGCUCCCGCCCGGCCCCAGGAGUGCAGGGAGGAGACCCUGGGACUGAGGUGAUGGGAGUCGGGCCCCGCUGCACCCCAGCGCUGCUGCACCUGCAUCCACACUUCCCCUCCUCCGAGGACGCUGCAGACGCUCACGCAGCGUCUCCACGCCGUGUGACACCCGCUGAGCUUCCCGCCUGCUGGGUUUGGACUUGCAUGUGGGGCUGUCUCAGGAAGUGACUCACAGGGAGGAAGGGCCGCCGCCCAGGAGCGGGUGUGGACUGACUCAUUUCAAGCUGCUGCUUCUCCAUCAGUCUGGCAGAGGUCUCCGGUCACACUCUGGGGCAGAACUGACACAUUGUACUGGGGAGGGCCAAGGUGCUCCUCUGGCCAGAGCGAUUUGUCUGGAAAUUGCGGAGGUGUGAACCCUGGCCUUGCUAAACCUGUCCAAGCAAUACCUAGGAGGCUGACUUCUUUGAUUAAAACUGUACACAACUCUGG